GGUCGUAAGCCUGCGCCAUGGACUAAAAGAAAAAAAAAGAGUCUGAGUGUGUUUUGAAUUUUCGAGAAGCAUGAUGAAAUCCAAGUAAAUUUGCAUUGACUUGACUUCAUCAUAUUAAAUUAAAAUUUCUAUGUAUCGUUAGGAUUAUUGCCUUAUCGUCAAAUCUGUUAAAUCAUUGUAUUAGAAUUUAUAAUUCUUGAAGUGUGAAGCUUAAGGUAAAUAGAUCCCGAAGCUAAAACAUUGUGUUAAAGGAAUUAGCUUAAACUAUAAAUUACGAAAUGGAUCAGAAUAAUGAUGAGACUCGUGCACCAAUAGCAGGCGCUUUAAUGCCAGCUCCAGCUAACACUACUGAAACGUCCUCUGCUCCUAUGCGCAUCAGAAAUUUACAGGGUUUACUCAGGUUUGCAAUGGAAGCAACAAGAUCUGAAGAUGCACCAAAUUCCUCAGAAUUCAGACCUAUGGAUGAAGAGAGGCGGAGAUUUUUAGAAAAUGCUUUCAAAAGUAUAACUGUUAAUGUGGUAGAAAUUUUGAUGGAUGCUAUAAAAGUAUUGACUGAUGUGGAGAAGAUGAAAAGCAUUCAGCUUGGAGAUGAGUUGCCUGAAGAAGUUGAAACUGCAUUUGAAAAUAUCUUGUCAUACAUUGAUGAUUUAGAUGUAGCAAAUGAUUUCUACAAAAUUGGGGGAUUUGCUGUGUUUCCUGUCUGCUAUGGAAGUGAAAAUGAAGAAGUUCGUUGUAGAGCCAGUCGAGUGCUUGCAGAGUUGUGUCAAAAUAAUCCCUUUUGUCAGGCGCGCGCCUUAGAGGGCGGCUUGCUUAAUAUACUCUUACACAUGGUGACCACAGAACGGGGUCAAGCCUUGGCCAAAUGUAUUUCUGCUGUAUCUAGUGCAUCACGUGAGUUUGAGCCCUCUUGCGCGGAGUUGACGGCGCAGGGCGGGUGUGAGGCUCUAGCAGCUGUGCUGAGUUCGGAUGACACAACAGCCAAGACAAAGAGUGCCUUCCUUGUUGCCCACCUUUGUGGUCACUACAAACCUGCUAGAGAAAAAUUUAUAGAACAAAAUAUUGUCCGCAUUGUCGCAAAAGAAAUUGAGAAAGGUCGGGAUGAUGCCACGGAGCAUCUUUUAAGCAUACUCCAGGCCCUCAAAGACGAUCAGAGAGUGAUUCAACAGUGUCAGGACAUAAAUCUUAAGAAGAUUCUAGAAGAGCAUUUGAAAAAUACUGAGGAAGAUACGUGUUUGGAAGAAAUAGAGUAUUGUACUGAGUUAUUAAAGGAUAUUGGUAACUGUCCCCAGGCUGAACUUAUACAGAGUGAGGCUGAUAGAUAGAUUAUUAUAUAUGUGCGUUUCUUUAUUUUCUAAGUCAUGUAUGUUUAUAUCAGGUAUUAAAGUAUUAAAUUAAUACUCCUUAAUGAAAACUGUACGAAUAAACAGUUAAAUAUC